CACUCAUACCUGUCGGAUCAAAUGACCGCUGACCCGGAAGUGACAGAGGUGACGGAGGCGCAAAGGAAGAACUGGUCAUCAAGUGUAAGGCAGCAGUGGCCUGGGAGUCCAACAAGCCUUUGGUGAUGGAAGAGGUUGAGGUAGCUCCGCCCUAGGACAACGAGAUCCGCAUCAAGAUUGUGACGAAUGCUGUCUGCCAUUCAGACCUUUACCACCUUUUUGAGAAUAUGCAUAAAGAUGGCUUCCCAGCAGUCCUCGGCCACGAGGCAGCUGGCAUCGUAGAGAGUGUCGGGCCUGGAGUGACUGAAUAUCAGCCAGGAGACAAGGUUAUCCCUCUGUUCAUCUCUCAGUGUAGAGAAUGUCGCUUCUGUAAGAGUCCAAAGACCAACAUGUGUGAAGUGGCAUUAUCCAGUGGUCGUUACGAAGUGAUGUCCGGCCCAGAGUCCAGGUUUACCUGUAAGGGGAAGAAGGUGCUGCAGUUUUGUGGAACCAGUACCUUCUCUGAGUACACUGUGGUUAACCAGAUGGCUGUGGCUAAGAUCGACCCCGCUGCCCCUCUGGACAAAGUCUGUCUGCUCGGCUGUGGGAUCUGCACAGGAUAUGGAGCAGCAAUUAAUACUGCUAAGGUGGAACCAGGCUCAACAUGUGCUGUGUUCGGCCUGGGAGCUGUGGGUUUGGCUGCAGUCAUGGGCUGCAAGGCUGCAGGAGCCAAGAGGAUCAUCGCUGUUGAAAUCAAUCCAGAGAAGUCUGAGAAAGCCAAGGUGUUCGGCGCGACUGACUUUGUGAACCCUAAGGAUCACAAUAAACCCAUCAGCCAAGUGCUAUCUGAGAUGACUUAUGGAGGAGUGGACUACUCUCUGGAAUGUGUUGGGAAUGUGGAAGUUAUGCGCAGUGCCUUAGAGUCAUGUGUGAAAGGUUGGGGUGUCAGCGUGAUUGUUGGCUGGACAGACAUGCAAGAUGUUGCUGCAAGACCCAUUCAGUUCAUUGCUGGACGCGCAUGGACGGGCUCUGCAUUUGGAGGCUUUAAGGGUCGGGAUGCUGUGCCUCAGAUGGUUAAAGACUACCUGGACAAGAAGGUGAUGGUAGAUGAGUUCAUCACUCACGUGACUUUGGACCAGGUCAAUGAUGCCAUUGAACUGAUGAAACAUGGCAAAUGCAUCCGGACCAUCCUGACUGUUUCUCCACAAUAAGACCACUGUGUUGCUUUCAGUGACCACAAAGUAACUCUGUAAUUUUUCACUAUGUGAUACAAAAUCUUAGCAUAAUAUUCACACAAAUAAUGCAAUACCUAUAGUCAAGAAAUCUCUUAAAUUAUGCACAUUAUACAUGCCUGAUUUGAACAGUGAAUACUAUUCAGUGGAGUACGUGCAGAUCGUGAGAAUUAUCUGCAGUGUUCACAUAAGGAAAGCUAAACAUGUCUGGUGUUUAUAGAGCAAAAUAAAUGAUG